AUGGUAAUUUCAUAUUCUUUCGUUCGUCUUUUUUUCUUUCUUUUACUCAACCUCCUUAUUUCCCUAUCUUUUAAAAGAAAGAGAAAUAAUUUAUUCCUCAGAUCACAAGACUUCUUUCUUUCUUUCUUUCUUUCUUUCUUUCUUUCUAUGUUGCCUUUCGUAUUCCUUCUUAUUCCUUUUCCCAAAUCUGCUUUCUUUCUUUUAUUCUUUUUUUUUCUUUCUUUUUAUGUUACCUUUCCUAUUUUGUCUUCUUUCUUUCUGGCUUUCGGCAUUUCUUUCUUUCGACAUUUCUUUCUUUGUUACCAUUCCUAUUUCUCUUUAUUUCUUUUACCACGUAUGUUUCCUUUCUUUCAUUCUUUCUUUCGACCUCUCUUUUUCUUUCUUUCUUUUGUUCUUUUUUUCUUUCUUUCUUUCUGCGUUGCAUUUCCUAUUUCUUUUUAUUUAUUUACCCACGUCUUCUUUCAACCUUACUUUCUACGUCGCCUUUCCUAUUUCCUUACACUGUCUGCUUUCUUUCUUUCUUUCUUUCUUUCUUUCUUUCUUUUUCGCCUUUCCGAUUCAAUAUUAUUUCUUUUCCCGCCUUUUUAUUCUUUUCACACGUCUAUUCUCUUUCUUUCUUUUUUUCUUUCAUUCUUUCUUUCUUUAUUUAUUUAUUUAUUUUUUUUUUCGUUUUUUUUCCUUCUAAUUCAUUCGUCACCUUUCUUUUCCCCGUCGAUAAAUUACCUUUUCAUUUUUUUCCAAAUUUUUACUCUUCUACCUUUCUUUCUUUCUUUCUUUUUAUUCCUUCUUUCCUACGUGUGCUUUCUUUCUUUUUUCUUUCUUUUUUCUUUUUUUUUCUUUCUUUCUUUCCUUCCUUUUUAUUUUUAUUUUUUUACGUUUUUCUUUCUUUUUUUUCUUUAUUUCUUUCUUUCUUUCUUUUCCUAUUUCUUCUUAUUUUUUUCCUACGUUUGCUUUCUUUCUUUUUUUCUUUCUUUCUUUCUUUCUUUCUUUCUUUCUUUCUUUCUUUCUUUCUUUCCCUCUUUCUUUCUUUCUUUUCCUAUUUCUUCUUAUUUCUUUUCCAACGUUUGCUUUCUUUCUUUCUUUCUUUCUUUCUUUUCCUUUUCUAUUUCUUCUUAUUUCUUUCCCUACGUUUUCUUCCUUUCUUCAUUUCUUCAUUUCUUUCUUUCUUUCUUUCUUUUUCUUUCUUUCUUUCUUUCUUUCUUUCUUUCUUUCUUUCUUUCUUUCUUUCUUUCUUUCGUUUCAUUCUUUCUCUCUCUCUCUCUCUCUCUCUCUCUCUAUCUAUCUAUCUAUCUAUCUAUCUAUCUAUCUCUUCUGAUUACCCUCUCUUUACCUUUAACAUUUCUCACUCUUUUUUCUGGCAAACUUUCUGCCUUUUCCCUUUUCUGUCCCCUUCCUUUCUUUUUCUUUCUAGCCCUCUCUCUCUCUCUCUAUCUCUCUCUCUCUAUCUCUCCCUCUCUUUCCCCUCCCUCGCUCUCACUAAACUGA